GUAAACCUCAUUCGCUGGGCUGCUUUCUGAUUGAGGACUGAAGGAGAUCAUUUUUCUGGUUAGCUGAGGGUAAAUAGCAUGCGAAAGAUGCUAACCAUCAUAUCUAACGUUCUCAGGGGCAGCGCCAGCAGGAACGGAGCCGAACUGGUAUCAGAGGGAGCAAGAGUGGUGAUAUCAGCCAGGACCUAUGCAGACUUCACCCCUCAGGCCACUUUUGACAUUAAGAAAUGUGACUUGCACAAGCUGGAGGAGGGCCCACCCCUGCAGGCCGUGCUUACAAGAGAGGAGGGGCUUAAGUACUACCGCACCAUGCAGACCAUGAGACGUAUGGAGCUCAAAGCUGAUCAGCUCUACAAGCAAAAGAUCAUUAGAGGCUUCUGUCACCUUUAUGAUGGACAAGAAGCGUGUGCUGUGGGUAUUGAGGGAGGUAUUAAUCUAACAGAUCAUCUUAUCACAGCCUACCGUGCCCAUGGGUACACUCUUACUAGAGGGGGCACCGUUCGUGAGAUUAUGGCUGAACUCACAGGUCGCAGAGGAGGUAUUGCGAAAGGAAAGGGAGGAUCUAUGCACAUGUACACUAAACACUUCUAUGGAGGAAAUGGAAUUGUGGGAGCUCAGGUGCCUCUUGGCGCAGGUGUAGCAUUGGCCUGCAAAUACCAGGGCAACAAUCAGCUGUGUGUCUCUCUUUAUGGUGAUGGUGCUGCAAAUCAGGGUCAGAUCUUUGAGACGUAUAACAUGGCAUCUCUGUGGAAGCUGCCCUGCAUAUUCAUUUGCGAGAAUAACAAAUAUGGCAUGGGUACUUCUGUGGAGAGAGCAGCUGCAAGCACCGACUACUACAAGAGAGGAGAUUUCAUCCCUGGAUUGAGGGUGGAUGGCAUGGAUGUCCUUUGUGUGAGGGAGGCCACCAAAUUUGCAGCCGACCACUGCAGAUCAGGAAAAGGUCCCAUUUUGAUGGAGCUGCAGACCUAUCGUUACCAUGGACACAGUAUGAGUGACCCAGGAAUCAGUUACCGCACACGUGAGGAGAUCCAGGAGGUGCGCAGUAAGAGUGACCCCAUCUCAAUGCUGAAGGAUCGUAUGCUAAGCAACAACAUGGCAAGUGUGGAGGAACUUAAGGAGAUUGAUGUUGAGGUAAGGAAGGAGAUUGAGGAUGCUGCUCAGUUUGCCACCACAGACCCUGAGCCUCCACUGGAGGAUCUUUGCAACCACAUCUUCUACAAUGACCCUCCUUUGGAAGUGCGUGGCACCAACCCUUGGACCAAGCUCAAGUCCAUCAGCUAAACUAUCUUCCAUCAUCCCAACUCCCCUCCUCUUCCGAACAGCUGACCCUCCUCUGUUCAAGCGCACAUAAAAACAAAAUACUGUUGUCUCUAUUUGGCUGUAGGUUUCAUAGACACUUUUUGGAAACCUGGCCAAAUCUGUCUGCCACAUUGAGACCUUUUUUGACAUUUAAUCAUUGCCUUGUUUUGUUGUCUUCUUCAUGAUAAGUACUUAUUUUAUAAAAGUUUCAUUACUGAACUAAAUGCGAUAAAACAUAAAACAAAAAAAAAUACAUAUUAGCAAUGGGUGAGUGUCACUGAUGACAUUUCCAAGUGACCCCAAUGUCUCUACUGCUUAGUGUCCAUGUAUUACAGACACCUCCCAUCAUUAAGCGGUGUCAAAGUUCAGUCAUUGCAAACAUGCACACACAUCUCACACGCUUUAUAUUGAGCGUGGUGUUGCAGCCAAAUCACACCUUUCAUCAAAUUCUUGCAGCCCUACUUCCUAUUAAACUGACCAUAAUUGUUGAAAGGGAAAGGUUUAUUAAUAUGAAUUAAAUGUAAAUCUAUUUGAUCAUGUAAAGCAUACAAAAUAAAAGUGUGUUAUUUAUAGGGUUUAAAAUGGGACGUUUUGUUGUAUCUUGGAAUGCAAACAGGGCCCUACUAAUAUAUGUGUGUGUGUGUAUGUUGGGUCUGAAAGUGCUUAAGCUAUAAUUAUAUCUGAAAACCAGGAUGAGUAGGAUUUAAAAAAGCAAAAUCUCAAUAUUUUAUUUAAAACAGGGUUUUUGUUGUCAUGUAUUUAUUUUGAGCAAUGAUACUUGGGAAUACAACUUCCCUUUUGGUGAUUCCACUGAAUUAAUGGUUAUUUAAAUCCUGUCUGUAGAUGGAAGAUGAUUUGUUGCAUUGGAUGCUAGGAUGCUGUUCAGGUUAUGAAGGGGCAUUGGGGUCACUGGUUAAGCCCUUUUGCCUUGUUGACCAGGAUGAGUCAACAAAAUCAGGCAAUGGAUGUUAUCCAAUGUGGUCUUUUUAACAUACGACUAAAAAUAAAUGUUUCCAAUACAAUCUUUAGUUGUGAUUUGAUUAUUUUAUCCCCCUUUUGUUGUAGAUAAAAUAUAUUAUUGAAUGCAAAUUUUGAUCAAAAAGAAAAUGCAUUUAAGUUAACUGAAAUGUAAAACCAGAAACCUCUUUGGUGCACGAUCAGAAGUGCUUCUAGAAAAUGGGUCUCAUAAAAAAAAGGAGAGUGCAAACAAAACACAAUCCCCAAAUCAGCUUUAUGCUAAGCCCUUUGGCUAGAUGUGUAUGUACCAGCUGUGGGAUGGUGAUUUCCUUUCCUCAGCUGUUUUGAGGAGCACAAUAAUCAAACUCAGUGUGCACUUGACUUAGAUGUGUUACAUUAGGAAUCAUGAACUAACAAUGAAUACUAUUUAAUAACAGCAUUUAUUAAUGUUCAUUUGUGAAAAUACAAUCGUUUAUGUUAGUUAUGCGUUAAC